AAUCUAAUGCCCCCCCAUGGAUGAUGAUUCUUGGAUCUGCACUCUGCACCACCACUGUGAUAAAAAGUUUAAUCAUCAUUUCUUUUUUUUUCCUUUUUUUCUUUUUUUCUUACUUUUUAAUCCCUCUCUCUGAAUUUACCUCAAUACAAAUUAAAAUCAAAUUACUGAAUCGAUUCUUAUUAUAUGGUUUCAAGUAUCCAACCCAUCAAUGGCAAAUUUCAUUGAUUCCAACCAUUGACACUCUCUCUCUCUCUCUCUCUCUCUCUCUCUCUCUCUCUCUCUCUCUCUCUCUCUCUCUCACACACACACACAGAGAACUUCGGAAAAAGUACAAAUGCAAUCGUAUACAAUGUGUGCGUAACCGAAGAUCCAACCUUUUAUCCCUGUAAUCUGCAUGUGUGUCUGUGUUUUUUUUUCUCUUUCUUUUUCCUAUUUUCAAUUUUCUCUCUCUCUAGAAUACUAUUUGGGGAAUCCUAGGUUUGUAAUUUUGACCCUUUUCACCCCUUUUUUGAACCGUUGUUAUUUUAACUUUCUCUCUCUACAAAAACAAACACAGAAGAAUAAAAAAACACGCACCCUCGCAUGUUCUACAAUGUGCACAUUCAUUCAUAUGUAUGCACACAGCUAAUUCUUCUGCGUGUGUUUAUCUCUCUGGGUGUGUGUGUGAGAGAGAGAGUGUUUAUAUUGUGAAUGUUUUCCGAUUUUUGCCUGAUUUUGGUGAAUUUCUAGGUUCCGUGAUCUUCUUUUUUUUUUUUUUUUUUGAUUUAAAAAAAAUUGUUCAAAGAUCUCACCUUUGAACAAUUUAAGAAUUUAUGCGAUUAAAUUUUAUUUUUUUGGGGUUAUUUAUUUAAUUUUUCAGAUCCCCAUUGUUAUCGUCCUUGCAUUGUUUUUUGUGGGCUAGGUUUUCACCCACUCACUGUACUCGAAACACCUUUAAUUUGAAACCCUAAAGUUUCAAUCUUUUUUCACAUUUACCUUUUUCAAUUUCUCCAUCAUUUGAGGAAAUUGAAUUUUUUAUUUGAAAACACAUGAUGUGGAAGCAAAUUCUCGGUAAAAUCCCCAAAAAAUCCCAGAAACCAGAUCAAGAUUCUUCCAGAAACCCUAAUUCGGGCCCCAACACAUCGUCUCCGGGCUCGAUUCGGGCCAACACCAACACUCCUGCCGCGAAACGAGCUUCCGCUGCGGUUUUUCCAACCUGUGUGAUUGCAGGAAUCGAGCCGUUGCUCGCAUUCAAAGAUGUUUCGAGCUCGGAAAAAAUGAAUCUUUUCAUUAGCAAGCUUAGCCUUUGCUGUGUAGUGUUCGAUUUCACCGAUCCAGCAAAGAACGUUCAAGAAAAGGAGCUCAAACGGGCCACAUUGAUCGAGCUUCUCGAUUUCGUUUCCCAAAACCCCCCAAAAUUCUCCGAGCCCGCAAUUUUAGCCUCAUGCAAAAUGUGCUCCGUUAACUUAUUCCGCGUUUUCCCACCUAAUUGCCGCUCUAAUAGUAACCCUACUUCAGGCGAAAACGACAAUGAUGACGAGCCGACGUUCGAUCCUGCAUGGCCCCACUUGCAGAUAGUGUACGAUUUCUUUCUAAAGUUUGUCACUUCGACUUCUUUGGAAGCAAAAGUCGGGAAAAAGUACGUAAACCACUCCUACAUUCUGAGGCUUAUCGACUUGUUCGACUCUGAGGAUCCAAGAGAAAGGGACUGUCUGAAGGCGAUUCUGCAUCGAAUAUACGGCAAGUUUAUGGUUCACCGUCCAUUCAUAAGGAAGAGCGUGAGCAACGUGUUUUACAGAUUCGUGUUCGAAACGGACAAGCAUAACGGGAUCGCAGAACUGUUGGAGAUUUUCGGUAGUGUGAUAACUGGAUUUGCUUUGCCUUUGAAAGAGGAGCACAAGAUAUUUCUGUCGAGGGCACUUAUUCCGUUGCACAAGCCAAAGUCUUUGGGGGUUUACUUUCAGCAGCUGACUUACUGUAUUAGCCAGUUUAUCGAGAAAGAUCCGAAGCUGGCUUGCAAUGUGAUCGAGGGGCUGUUGAAAUAUUGGCCGAUUACGAAUACGCAGAAGGAAGUUAUGUUUCUGAGCGAGUUGGAGGAGAUUCUUGAAGUUAUUAAUAUGGCUGAGUUUCAAAAAGUCAUGGUUCCUUUGUUCUGGCGCCUCGGUCGCUGCAUAAAUAGCUACCAUUUUCAGGUGGCCGAAAGAGCUCUGUUCCUAUGGAACAACGAGCAAUUACUAAACCUAGUAGCACAAAAUCGACAAGUGAUACUGCCGAUAGUGUUUCCAUCUCUGGAAACCAACGCACAAAGCCACUGGAACCAAGCUGUUCUCAACCUAACAUUAAACGUUAAAAAAAUGCUGUCUGAAAUGGACGAAGCCCUUGUCGCGGAGUGCGUUUCGAAUUACGAAGCCGAGCAAAAAGGUAAGAAUCUGGCGGUUGAAAAACGUAGGGAAAUUUGGGAGCGGCUGGAAAGUGAUGCUAGCGUACAGCCGAUGGCUAGAAAUACUGCUGUUUUGGUGAACCGUUAGGAGUCUCGUUUGGGAAGUCGUCUUUUUUUUUUUAAUGUGCAUUAUUAUUAAACCUUGUUUUUUCGUUUUUUUUUUUAGUCGUAGUGAUGUGGCACUGACUGAAGGUGUUAUGUAUGAUGAGAAUGAAAAGGUGGUGGUUGUAUUUGUUGUUGUUAUGAAAAUGUAAUGUGGUCUUUUUUUCUCAACCAGAAAGGGUAUUUUGGGAAAAGAGUGUUCUUUAGGUAAUGGUGUAAACUGAGUAUCUUGUCUUAGUUUUAGAGUUUGAGCGGACCC